AUGUAUGGAGAACAACUGGUCUUCAAGCUGCCAUUGGAGGUACUUCUGGGGAUCACCGGCAAGGACUUCACCCUGAUCGCCGCAUCGAAAGCCGCUAUGCGCGGUGCCACCAUCCUGAAAGCCUCCGACGACAAGACGCGAGAACUCAACCCGCACACGCUGAUGGCAUUCUCGGGAGAGGCUGGUGAUACUGUGCAAUUUGCGGAAUACAUCCAAGCGAAUGUUCAGCUGUAUUCGAUGCGCAACGGCAUGGAGCUUUCACCUUCCGCGACCGCCAACUUCGUUAGAGGGGAACUUGCACGAGCGCUGCGCUCAAGGAGACCGUAUACCGUGAACCUGCUUCUCGGCGGAUACGACAACAUCGCGGACAAGCCCACAUUGUACUGGAUUGACUACUUGGCGAGUCUGGCACCGGUGCCCUAUGCGGCACAUGGAUACGCUCAGUACUACUGCCUCUCGCUUCUUGACAAGCACCAUCACCCCGACAUCGACUUCGAUGAGGGUAUGAAGAUCUUGCGCAUGUGUACCCAGGAGCUCAAGCGACGUCUACCGAUCGACUUCAAGGGCGUUUUAGUGAAGGUCAUAACCAAGGAUGGCGUGAAAGAGCUGGACUAUGAGGAUGAUGUGAAGGUAGAUGUGCCCUGA